AUGGCUGUACACUUGCCUAAUUCUGCACUGUCGGCGACGGAGGUAUGCUUUCCGGCGGCUGGGCUGCCAAAUCAACGGCUGGGAACGGCUGAACUUCGUUUUAACACUCCCUCGAGGACACUGAAGAUCCGUAUGUCAGCGCUGGACCGUAACAGUAUUGGUGGAGGUGACAAUAGCAUCAAGAAGGCGGCGACACCUAAUUUGAAUUACGUGGUUCCGCUGGACAAGUCCUCCUGCAUCACUCGCCCCCUUGCCGAGAUCCUGCGAGACCUCAACAAGAAGAUCCCUGAUAAUAUCGUCAAGAAUCAGGAUGAUCAUUCCACCUUUAUCCCCUGGUACCAGGCCAACCGCAUGCUGAGCUUUUACGCCCCAGGUUGGUGUGGAGAAAUACGCGAUGUUAUAUUUGCUGAUAACGGAAGUGUGACUGUGGUUUACCGUGUAACUGUACGAGGUUUGGAUGGAGAGGCACAUCGCGAAUCGACCGGAACAGUAUCACUUGGCGAUGGAGAUAUUACAGAUCCCGUUGCUUCAGCAGAGGAAAUAGCGUUUUGCAGAGCAUGUGCUCGGUUUGGUCUUGGCUUGUAUCUUUAUCAUGAAGAGUAG